AUGAAUGGUUUGAAUUACAGCUUCGCAGUAGUUAUCAUUGCCAUCGUAGUGAGCGCAUUGUGGAUGCUGUUCGAGUUUAGACCCAAUUACAGAAAUCGUCUUCGUCGUCAAGAUACCGAGGAACAACACAGAAUCGAUGAACGAUCAUUUGAGGAAACUAAAUAUUUGCGCAGAUUCUCCGAGCUGAACGACUUAGAAGGAGCAUCCGAAUGGUAG